GCUGACAAGAAGGGUCGGAUUCGUCUCCUGGGUAUUGAUGUGCCCAUGCACGAGACCAUCGGACAGCCGCUCUUCCCAGUCCGUGUGCGCAUCAGCCAGGGCCAUAACGAGAAGCUGGUUGGGAACAACCCUGAUGCAGAUCUCUUCCUUGCAACUAAGUUCCUCAGCACACUUUCGAAGGAAGAGGCCGAGGAGCAGAGCAGCAUCCGUGGGGUAACCGUGCUACCCAAGGAAGACACCCCCACGAAGCUCUAUCAUCGGACAAAUGAAAAGGGAAUGCGCGGCAUCAUCCGCGACGGUAUGGUCCAACCAGACACCAUCCCGCCGGAUUGCAUCGUCUCGGCCAUUGACACCGGCCAGAAGGACAAGCCCCUCUACGUCGCGAAAGGCUCAGAAGCCACCCGCGAGGGUGAGCCAGAGCGCACUUUCCGUGCAAAGCGCGACUAUGAGGAAGCAGCGAGCUCAUCCACAGCAGCCCCGCCAAAGGCCGCAGCUGCUAAACGAAUGCCAAUGGCAACACAGAAGCCCAAGGUCAUUGACCCCUCUGAAAUCGAGGACACGACCAUGGUACCUGUUGUUGCCACCCGCGAGGGUGAGCCUGCUCCUUCUGCUUCAGACGAUGUCGAGGUCGAGGUAGAGGUCGAGGUGGACGAGGGCGACACAACGGACGCUGGCGAGGCGGAGCUUUACCCACUUGGCUCGCACCCAUGUGCCUCGUGCCACGCUGUGGUCGCCAAUGGAAUGCUCUUCUGCCUAAAGUGCAAUGCGCCGCAGUCCGAUGAGACCACCAAGACCACGAAGAAAUUCUUCGAGAAUGCAAAGCUCCGCAAGCGCAUCUUGGCCGCCGCCGCAACUGGUAGCCAAAAGCCUAUCGACGCACUCUUGACCAGCGAUCUCCGUGGAGGCGAUGGUUCCAAGAAGCGCGGCCAAAUGAGCGCGGAGGCGGCGGUGAUCAGGGAGGCAAAGGACCGACGGACUCGGGCAGCCAAAAUGAACUACCCGUCCGUUUCAGAGCGAUGGGAGCGUGAUGAUCAAUUCCGGACGAGGAUGAUGCAGGAGG